AUGGUCACAAAGAGACUCUUUCAUUCCAUUGGAAGGCUUCGGACCGUGAAGAAACCUCAAUUCAAUGUGAAAUAUAUGAUAUCGAAACUCGAUGAAUUCUCUGAUUCAAUCCAAGCAAGAGAACUUGUGGACGGCGAGGAACUUCAAAUAUCUUUAAAAAUGUUACCGGAGUUGUACCAGAAAUCGAGGGUUGCUGAUCAUACAAUCGCCAAUCUUCAACAUUCAAGAAAGACCAUCGAAGCCCAAGUAAAACAAGAUAAAACAAGGGCAAGAGAGCUCGGGUCUGAACUCAAAUCACUAAAGAAACAAUACCAAGAUCUAUUGAAAACUCAAAGAGAAGUGAAGGAUCAGAUAACUGAGGUAUGUGGAUCCUUACCCAAUCUCAUUCAUCCUUCUGUUCCAAAGACAUCAAGCCCGAUCAUUGAUCAAUGGAUUAAUAAACAAGCACAAUACAAACCAGAUGAAAGGUUUGAACAUCUUAAAAUAAUGGUAAAUAAAGGAAUGGUUGAUUUUGAGACUGCUUCUAAUGUAACAGGUACUUCAUGGUAUUAUUUAUGCAAUGAUGGUGCGCGUCUAGAACAUGCAUUGGUGCAAUAUGCUACAACGAAAGCACGCAAGGCUAACUUCAAUUUAGUGAUUCCUCCCAGUGUUGUGCGUAAUGAGGUUAUAGAUGCGUGCGGGUUUAGACCACGAGACACUAAUAAUGAACAACAAAUUUAUCGGUUAUCAGAUACCGAUUUAGGAUUAACCGCUACUGCGGAAAUCGCCUUGGCAGGGAUGGGCUUAGAUUCUAUAUUGGAUCUAAGUUCAGGACCUAAGAAGAUUUGUGGUGUGAACAGAGCAUAUAGAGCGGAGGCAGGCGCAAGUGGUAAAGAUACUAAAGGUUUAUAUCGGGUUCAUGAAUUCACUAAAGUUGAGUUAUUCGUUUGGGCCAAACCUGAACAAAGUGAUCAAAUACUGGAAGAAUUGAAACAAUUUCAAAUAGAUAUCGUUAGAGAACUAGGAUUGAGCGCUCAGGUAUUGAACAUGCCAUCAAAUGAUCUCGGAUCUCCUGCGUACAAAAAAUAUGAUAUUGAAGCAUGGAUGCCAGGUAGAGGCUCAUUCGGCGAAAUUACAAGUACAUCAAAUUGCACUGAUUUCCAAAGUAGAAGGAUGCAUACCAGAUUUAGAAACGAAGAGGGUGAAUUGGAAUAUGCCCAUACCCUCAACGGUACUGCAAUGGCAGUGCCCAGAGUCAUUGUAGCGUUAGUUGAAAACAAUUAUGACCCAGUGAGUGAUACUAUUUCAAUUCCCCAAGCAUUGCAACCAUAUUUGGAUGGUAUGGAAUUUAUGUAA